UAUAUUAAUAUUAUAAUUCAUGUAUAGAGAACGUAAGACCCAUUUGCAUAGUCAGAGAUGAACUAUUGACGAAGGAUUUUGUUGGACAAAUGGCUGAGGUUGCUGGCUGGGGAAUAUAUGACAUCAACGAUCCAAAGCCGAGUGUAACACUCCUAACAAUUAAACUACCGAUUGUUCACUUGGAUAAAUGCAGAAAAUCUUUUAAGAAUUAUGCGGAGAUUGGUGAAGGACAAAUGUGUGUUGGAGGAAUAGUUGGUCACGAUUCCUGUGGAGGAGAUAGUGGAGGACCGCUUAUGAAAGUGGAAGCCCUCGAAGGACCUCCUAGAUAUUAUUUAAUAGGUGUUGUCUCAUUUGGGGCAAAACAUUGUGGAGAAUCGGAUACCCCUGCAGUUUAUACGAAAAUUUCUAAAUAUGUCACCUGGAUUUUGGACAACAUGCUACCGUAAUUGACGAAAAAUAGUCUUCUAUUUUUCAUCAUAUUGGUUGGAAAGGGUAGAGCCAACAAAAUGCUAUAAUUUCUUAUAGAAAGAGAAGUCUUCUUUUUUCAUACAUACACUGAGAAUGUAAAUUCAAACUUUUUGGGAUGUGAAUAAAAAAAUCAUAUGUAA